AUGAAGACUUCACACGGAGCUGCGCUCUUUGCCCUCGCCGAGCUGGUUUACGGCCAUGGCUACCUGACAAUCCCGUCUAGCCGGACUCGACUCGGCGCAGAGGCCGGGGUCGACACUUGUCCCGAGUGCACCAUCUUGGAACCUGUACAGUCCUGGCCCGACCUGGACUCUGCCCCUGUCGGCCGGAGCGGCCCUUGCGGUUACAACGCCCGCGUCAGCGUCGACUACAACCAACCGACCGACAAAUGGGGCGCUUCAGUCGUCGAAACCUAUGCUCCCGGUCAGGUCGUUGACGUACAGUGGUGCGUUGACCACAAUGGUGACCACGGCGGAAUGUUCACCUACCGGCUCUGCCAGAACCAGACCCUCGUCGACAAGUUUCUGGAUCCCACCUACCUCCCUACCGACGAUGAGAAACAAGCCGCCGAAGACUGCUUCGAAGCCGGAACGCUGCCGUGCACCGACGUGUCAGGCCAAGAUUGCGGAUACAGCCCGGAUUGCUCCGAAGGCGCGGCAUGCUGGCGCAAUGACUGGUUCACCUGCAACGCAUUCCAGGCCGACAGCCGGCGCGGCUGCGAGGGUGUCGACAACUCAGAGCUUGGGGCUUGUUUCACAACCAUCUCAGGCGGCUACACUGUCACCAAAAAGAUCAAGAUUCCCGACUACGAAUCCGCGCACACCCUCUUGUCGUUCAAGUGGAACUCUUUCCAAACUGGCCAGAUCUACCUCUCGUGCGCGGAUAUCGCGAUCGCAAAGUAG